GAAUGGCAGCUUCUCUCCACCUUCACUUGGUCAGCCCUCUCUUCAAUACAAUGAGAAUGGUGUGAAGAAAUUAGCAAGAGGAUCAGAGAAUCAGACAACAGCCUAUUUGCAGUGCAGUUCUCUCUCUGCUACUGGGGCAACACAGACAGAAGCCAUCAAAACUGAUAGACAACAAGUGGAGAAAGAAAUCCAAAUUCCUACUGGAGAAAAAUGUUGUUUGGAAUGCGGCAAACAAUUCACAUACAAAAGUGAUCUUAAUAGGCAUAUGAAGAUUCACACAGGAGAAAAACCUCAUUGCUGUUCAGAAUGUGGUAAGUCGUUCUCAUGUAUAAGCUAUCUUCAGAAACACAGAAGAAUCCAUACAGGACAAAAACCUCAUUGCUGUUUAGAAUCUGGUAAAUCGUUCUCUAGGAGAAGCAAUCUUCAGAGUCACAGAAGAAUCCACACAGGAGAAAAACCUCAUUGCUGUUCAGAAUGUGGUAAGUCGUUCUUAAAGAGAAGCCAUCUUCAGAAGCACAGAGGAAUCCACACAGUACAAAACCCUCAUUGCUGUUCAGAAUGUGGUAAGUCGUUCUUAAGGAGACGUGAAUUUCAGUUGCACAAAACAAUUCACACAGGAGAAAAACCUCAUUACUGUUCAGAAUGUGGUAAGUCAUUCUUAAGGAGUAACAGUCUUCAGAGGCACAGAAGAAUACACACUGGAGAAAAACCUCAUUGUUGUCCAGAAUGUGGUAAAUCGUUUUCAUGGAGAAGUGAACUUCACUGUCACCAAAAAAUUCACACAGAACAAAAACUUCAUUGCUGUCCAGUAUGUGGUAAAUUGUUCUUAAGGAGAAGCUAUCUUCAGAGGCACAGUAUAAUCCACACUGGAGAAAAACCUCAUUGUUGUCCCGAAUGUGGUAAAUCGUUCUCAAGGAGAAGCAGUCUUCAGAGUCACAGAAGAAUCCACACAGGAUAAAAACCUUAUUAUUGUCCAGAAUGUGCCACACAAUUUUCUGACAAACGCAGUUUUCGAAGGCACAUUGAAAUUCAUACUGGAGAGAAGCCAUAUUGCUGUUCUCAAUGUGGAAAAAAGUUUUAAACAUUAGCUCAUUUCAAGUAAACACACAAACUCCCAGUAAAGCGAAAAUGCAGUAUGUAUGUUCUGAAUGUGGCAAAUGUUAUACAAGCCAGAAAGAUCUUUAUCCACAUGCCAAAAUCCAUACUAAAGAAAAAUAACAUUCCUGUUCUGAAUGUGACAAACGAUUCUUAUAUUUAAGUGUAAUUCAGUGCCACAUCAGAACUCUUACUAGAGAUAAACCUUAUUGUUGCCCUGAAUAUGAUAAACAGUUCUCACAACAAAACAUCAUAAAGAGUCACAUCAGAUGUCACACCGGAGAGAAACCUCACCUUUGCUUGGAAGGUGGCAAACAAUUCCCACACAUUAAUUCUCUGUAUAAGCAUACAAAAGUCAUACUGGAGAGAAGCCUGACUUACAUUUGUACUGAAUGUGGAUUGUUAUUCUCAUAUAACAAUUCCUUCACAAUCAUAAAAUAAUUCAUUCUGGUAAGAAACAAAGCUGUUCUGAAUGUGCCAGGCUUUUCUCCGACCACACAACUCCUAAAGAUCACAUGAGAUUUCACUCUGGAGAAAAACCUAAUUGCUGUUCAUAGUGUGGCAAAUGAUUCUCAAGUCCAAACGCACUUAUUUGCCACAGAAGGAUCCACACUGGAGAGAAAAAGUACACCUGUUCUGAAUGUGGUAAAGGGUAGUCUUCCAGAAAAAGGUU